GUUGUGACAAGAGAAAGCAAUCGUCGAUCGUAAAGACUUCACUGGAAUAGACACAAUCAGUCCUCCACAAUGCUCUCGAGCGUGAGCGUCUCACUGUCCGGUUACAUUCGUGCAAACAAUGGCCUUCGUUUGAUCGAGGAUAGAAACUGUAUCGUUCGGUUGGACAAUGGUAAGAACAAAGUAAAACUUAUAUCCGGCGGUGGAAGUGGUCAUGAACCAGCUCAUAUUGGAUACGUCGGAGUAGGAAUGCUAGAUGCAGCUGUUUGCGGAGAUGUAUUUUGUUCCCCUUCGGCGACUUCGAUUGUGGACUGCUUGCGCACGGUUGCAGAUCCCGAAGAAAGUGUCCUUUUCAUCGUUAACAACUACACUGGAGAUAGAUUGAACUUCGGACUGGCAGUCGAGCGAGCCGAAUCGCUUUACGGAUAUAAAAAAUUGAGGAUUUUACUAAACGAUGAUGAUUGUUCGAUUGAUAGUACGUUAGUUAGAAAAUCAGUUGGAAAAAGAGGUUUGGCUGGGUCAGUUCUGCUUAUAAAAAUACUAGGUGCCAUGGCUGAACUGGCAUUUACAGCUGAAGAGAUAUAUCGAGUCGGUGAUGAGCUCUUACGUAAUGGUCACUUAAUAACAUUCGGGUUCACGUUCGAGGUGGCUAAUGGUAAACUGCACAACAUUGAGCUGGGUAAAGGACUUCACGGUGAACCUGGUGUAUACAAAAUGGAUACCAGCGACAACUUCGAACCAAUCAUACAGUUUAUGAUGACUAAAUUGGACGGAAAAUUUAAACCUUCGGCAGACGUUGUAGUGCUCAUCAAUAAUCUCGGAGGAACAUCCGAGUUCCAUGUAGGAAUUUUUAUCGAGACGUUAUCUGCGAUUUUGGAAAAAUGCUACAGAAUACACCGAGUUUACUCAGGAACAUUCUUUUCUUCUCUAAACCAGUGUGGGUUAUCUGUAACCUUGUUAAAUUUGACAUAUUCUGAUAAUCUGUUGAGGUAUUUGGAUUAUAAGGUUCAAGUGGCAUCACCAUUAUUCGGCAGUACUUCAUUUCACCUUCCUGCAUCGAAAGUGAUAAAUUUUCAGGACAAAAAUUCGUCUAAAAUCACUGCUAGCACACAAUCAUUCAAACUGGAAGUUUGUGGUGAAGCGAAAUCUCACAUUCGCUCAGCACUCGAACACAUUUCGCACACGCUACUGUCUAGCCGCGAAUUACUGAAUGCUUAUGACCGGGAAUGCGGCGAUGGAGAUACAGGAACCACAAUCGCCAACGGAGCGAGUGCUUUGUUAGCUAACCUAAGCACAGGGAUUGAUCUACAGCAUCCGGCCAAAAUGUUGCAAGACAUUAGUUUGAUAAUGCAACUAAGCAUCGGUGGUACAUCUGGCGCUAUCUACAGCCUUUUCUUUCAAGCGGCAUCUAAAGCAUUCGUAGGGGCUGAUAAUGAUCCAAAAAUAACCGUGCAGCACUGGAUUAAUGCCCUUACGCACGGUAACGAUGCCAUAAUGCGUCAUGCACUUACAGAAGUUGGCGACCGAACCAUGCUGGAUCCGUUGAGGGAAGCUGAACUGCAGCUGAGAAAUUCGAUACAGGAAAAUCUUCCAACAGCGGGUUACAUUCGAAUUUUCGCGGAAACAUGUGAACGAGUUGCCGAGGCUACUCGUCGGAUGAUUCCUAAAUCGGGAAGAGCUUCCUACUCGGCUUCUGAGUCAAAACAGGUGCAUUAUAAUUAUCCCGAUCCGGGAGCACAUGCUGUUGCUGUUUGGGCUCGCGGAUUGUGUGAUGCCUUUAAAAGGGAUUAAUUAUAAACAAAUAAUUUUAAGGUGAGGAGCCAACAUGGUUGGCUUAGUCAGUCAAAAGGUGUGCACGUGCCCAAGGUUCCCAGAAAUUUUUUAUGAGAUCAAUUAUAUUAACCCAGGCAUUUCUUAACGAAAUUUGAGGAAUUUAUUGAACGAAAUCUUUAUCGAGUCAAUUUGAUGAACCUUAUUUUUAGAAUUAAAAAAAUAACGAAACACAUUUUAAGUAAAUAAAAAAGUAUCACUGAAUACUAUGAUAAAUGAAAUUUCGGAAGGUUCUUAUGGACCGUGCACAGUAAUCAUUUAUUUUUAACCCCUGAUCACCCUCCGUGAAACAGCGCGAAUAAUUCACGUACCCUUACCACUGGAUAGCUAUCACCGGCGCUAGAGUAACGACUUUACCAGCUGACCCCAGGUUUCUGGCCAGUCAAAGAUUUAUUAUGUAAAACAUAUUUUUAUAUAUUGUAUUUCCAAGGGUUGGGUGUAGGGGAACCCGAAGCUAUAAGGACCGACCCCCGCGAUUUGUCAGAAAAUCAUGAGACUUUUUGACUUCUGAACAUAAACGUGGAACCGUUAUUCUAAAACAUUAAUUUUGACAGCUGAAUCUAAUUCUUUGUUUUUUUUUAGAAAUGAGAUACAA